UUUUGUUCGGAUUGCAGUAAGUAAAAAAGAAAAUGGAGCAAUACGACAUAGACUUUUUAGAAAGUAUGGAAGCAUAUUUCGGCGUAGAGUGUGUGUCGUGGGAAAAAGAAAAACAACAAAUGAUGACCUUUUUUCAAAGGCUGUGGACUGUGGUGUUUGAACCCAGCAUGCAAAAAGCAAACAUGAUGAAUCGAAAUGCCAACGAGACUGUCCAGUUCUUAUUUUCGAAAGUAAGGGAAUCGCUUCAUAAUUGUACUUUUCGCGAACGGUUGAACUUGCGCAACGAUGGCAACAAGGACAACGAGAAGGCGGCUCAGCUACGGUCCGCAGGGAAUAAAAUGGUACACCCGAAGGUGAAGCGAUACAUCGAGGCCAUGAAGCUGUAUAACGAGUGCAUCGCUUUUUCGGCCAAAGGAUCGGAAGAAAGAUCGCUGGCAUACGGAAAUCGCUCGUUCAUUUGUCUAAAGAUGGAGCGCUUCGAGGACUGUUUGCAGAACAUCCGGCUGGCUCGUGAGUCGAACUAUCCGAAGCACUUGAGUGGAAAGCUGGAUGAACGCGAAAAGGAGGCCAAACAAGCUUUGUCCAAGGCCAGGAAUCAGAAUGCCUCCAAGGUUUCCACCGAAGUGGUGGAAACCCUGCAGUUAAGCUACCCAGCUCACGAGAACGCUCCACAACUUGCCAACUGUCUGGCACUGGGCAGGAACGAUCAGUACGGGCGACAUGUGGUAACGAAACGCAAGCUAAAGGUUGGAGAUGUUGUAAUGAUCGAGAAGCCGUUCGUCACAGUGGCGAAGGAAACGUUCCAAUACAUACGGUGUGACUUUUGCCAAGCGGAACGAUUGUUCACACUGAUUCCAUGCGAAGGGUGUACGGUGGCCAUGUACUGUUCGGAGGAAUGUAUCAGCAAAGCGUACGGCAAGUACCAUCGAUAUGAGUGUGGCGUAUUAAGAGACCUGUGGACAGUUCUAGGCAUAAGCGGCGUGAUUGCUCUACGCAUGAUAGCAAUUGCGAUCACCACCUUCGAUAACGAUCUAGAGAAGUUGAAAGAUCAUCUGGAUGCAUUGGACGAGUCGAAGGUGGAUGGGUUUACGAUGGACUGGAAGAAAGCCACGCCACAGGACGUGUUCAACACGGUGCACGUGUUGUGCACCAAUCAAGAACGACGCAACAUCAAAGAACUUGCCGGGCUGACCUUUUUUACAGUUGUUAUGCACAAUCAUUUGCUGGAGUGGACCGAGCUGGGACCGGCCUGCGAGGCAAAUCCAACAGCAAGCAAGCUGUUACUUGAUUUGAUUCUGCGAUAUCUGCAAAUUACAGAAUGCAACUAUAAACUAUUGACAUGCAUUAAGAUCACGAAUCGAAAUCCCGAGGACGAAACAUUUCCUACGAGUUGCUACCCUUUGAUUAGCAUGCUGAACCAUUCAUGUGCUCCCAACGUGAGACGUCUCAUUUUACCCGAUGGCCGUUGCGCCGUGAUUGUCAUCCAUACAGUCGCUAAAGGAGGCCAACUGUUCGAUAAUUACGAAGUGGAUCACUGGACAAAGGAUCGGAAAAAGAGGCAAAUAAUUCUACCAUUAUUUUACCAGUUCCAAUGCACGUGCGAUGCUUGCAUUUAUGACUAUCCUUCAUCAAAAUGUGUUGAAGAAAGUAAUGAUGGUACAAAGGCAGCAUUUUUUAUUGAUUUUUUGCAAAUAUGUGGGGCAGCACAGUCUUUUGAUAAAAAGAAGCUAUUGAGCAUGAUGUUAAAACUACGGUCGUUUCUGAAUGUAACGCCGCAACCGUAUGCAGAGCCUAUAGUUUGCAUAAAGCGAAUAGAGUUUGAAUGUACUGUCGUGACACUGUACGGUCAGAUUUCAGAAAGUGUUAAGUAUUGGAAGUACUGUGAACCGUAAUAGGGGUGCCACAAAUAAUUACUAAAUCGAGUGAAAGAUUUCGAGGACACAGAUGUGCGCAUUUCCUAACACACAGAGCUACCGGGAAUUGUUUAGCGCGAAACGAAAAUAUUAUGAAUUUCAAUCAACUAUGGCACGAUUGAUAACUGUUGUGUAGCACACAACAUUAGAUACAAUACUAUUCAAUAAACUAAAAUCUUUUGGACUGGUCACCAGUAGCGUCGUGUAAAAUAGCUACAGUAGAACGUCGAUUAUCCGGGAAGCUCGGACCGGAGGAUUGCCGAAUAAUCGAUUUCCACGGACAAUGGCCCAAAACAUGUCUUUUUCAUAGAAAAAUUAUAAAAUU